AUGAGGCACAGCAGCAAGAAGAGCAAACCUGAUCGACCUCCAUGCACGGCAGAUAUCUGCGAUUUACGGUGGAGGCCGCACUCCUCACAGGCCUGUCAUGGCGCCACUCUAAGAUGCUCCAUGACGCACUACCAGCGAGGAAUUCUUUUACAGCGAGACACCCUUAGAGGCCCGGCUACCCAACAAGAUGCAGCACUCACAACAGAAACAAUCCGACAAGUCUCCGGUCAUAGAGGACUCUCUGCGGA